AUGGUUACUUUUGCUACUCUUCAAACCCUUAAUGGUUCUCUUCUAAGAUCCCAAUUCCUAGGCCAAGAUCUUCACUUUCCUCUCAUAAAAACAUCCAAAAGAAAUCAUAGAAAUCUAACUUGUCAACCACAAACAUGUGCUGAAUUCAACAUACUAAAAAUGAUGGGAGGGAGAGGACUAUGCAAUGGAGAACUAGGAGUUGAAAAAGAGCUGAAAAGGAAAGUUGAUCAAGAGGAAACACCACCACCACCACCACCACCAUCGUCAUCAUCCAAUGAAAAAGUGCAAGAAACCUCAGAAAAGUUUACUGUUGAAGUUCCAGAAGAUGGUUUUGAGAAGGAAAUGAUGGGGCUAACAGGAGGGUUUCCAGGUGGUGAAAAGGGUUUGAUCAAGUUCAUUGAGGAAAAUCCACCUAGAAAAAUUUCUCAAACUUUUAGUAUUGAAGAAAGAAAUAAUCAAAGUGUUGUUAAAGAAUCCAAAACAUCAUAG